GCAUCAUGAGAAAUUGGCUGGCUUACCAGUGGCUGGAGCUACCCAGAGCGGCAUCUACUACCGACCACAUUAUCGUCGUAUAUAUACUGAAUCUGGCCUAGAUCAUGACUGACUCGAAUGUAUAAGAAGUCUACGCGGACCCGGAGCGUACGAGGCUCGCGACUUCUCCUCCCUCCCUAAUAUUCCACUAUGAGGCUCCUAGAUACAAACACAAAGAAGCUUCACAACUUCAUAGCUGAGGUACCAGCCUACGCAAUCCUCUCGCAUCGAUGGAGAGCAGAGGAAGUCACAUUCCAGGAUCUCCAACGGCAAGACGUGUCUUCCAUGAAGGGAUGGGCGAAAUUAAGCAGUGCAUGCGAGUUUGCCAAAUCAUUUGGCUGCGACUGGCUGUGGAUGGAUACGUGCUGCAUCGAUAAGACGAGUAGUACUGAAUUGACUGAAUCGCUCAACUCUAUGUUCAGAUGGUACAAGAAGUCUGCAAUUUGCAUUGCGUAUAUUGACGAUCUGGACAUAGAGAGCUGGGAAAAUAAUCUUUCUAGAGCAAGCUGGUUCACUCGAGGAUGGACAUUGCAGGAGCUAAUUGCCCCUAGUGAGGUUCUCUUCACUACCAAGGGAUGGGACGUCAUUGGAUCCAAGACAAAAUUGGCUCGCAAACUAGCAGAAGUUACGGGAAUCGAAGAGGUGGUGCUCAAGACUGGCAGCAUGGAUGAUGUCAACGUCGCACAGAAGCUUGCUUGGGCUAGUAAUCGAGAGACUUCCAGAAUCGAAGACGGGGCUUACUGUCUACUUGGGAUAUUUAACGUCAAUAUGCCAGCCCUCUAUGGCGAGGGGUGCAAUGCCUUCAUCCGGCUGCAGGAGGAAGUUUUGAAGAAGAGCGAUGAUCGCAGCAUAUUCGCUUGGGGCAUGCUCUCUGAGUGCUCACCUUCAGGUCCCCUUCCAAGUCCCUCCAAGACCGAUAUUACAGGGCCCCAAUUCCGCAUUGGCCUGCUAUCUCCAUCUCUUGAAGGCUUUCAAGACUCCUCACCUCUGCAUAAUAUCACGCUCUCUUAUCUCUGUAAACGUCUCUCGAUCCCUCCAAUAGACGGCGAAAUCACUACCACGAACUACGGUACCAAGAUUCUCUUUCCCAUGUUUCCCAUUGAAGCCGCAACAGACGAUUAUCAGCAUCAUAACGUCUAUAUUGCGCUUCUUUCUUGCGAAAGUUUAGACGGCAAUGUCAUCGGCAUCUACCUUCACCAACUUUCUGACCACCAUUUUGCCCGCGUCAGCUCCUUUGUUGCUCCUGACCUCCUUAGUAUUCCCUACUCACUCAUUCCCACGAAGAAACUCAUCUACGAAAAAUGGAUUUACGUUACACGUGAGCCGCCGGCUCCACACGCCGUCUCCAUCCUCGCCAUGAUAAACGCCACCGCACUCUUGCGCUUCUGUGCCGAGUCCGGCUUCAUAAUCACCGGCGAGGGUGAGAUUGGAGAGUUGAACAGUUGGGGACCGCCUGUAUUGCCAUCUGCGGACACCAUGGAGCCGUGGACGGUGGAUGCCCAGGAACUGGAGCCUAAGUACGUCCUCCUACAAAAGCAAUCGUCGAAGCUUGGUCUACUCCUCGCCCUCACAAUAGAGCCAGAGCGGCAGGGGCGUGCAGACCGCAACUUGUUCUCCGUCAAAGUGUGUGUACUUGCGGAGCGUGGCGGAGACGCGCCAUAUACAGACGAACAUAGUCUUGAGGCAGUGAAGAAUAUUGUUGAGUUUUGGAAGACGACAAAGAAGGAUGACACACCUAUCUCGAGCUAUUGUACCGUCGCGGUGCCAGAUAUGGGAGAAAUGACACUACUCAUGAUCUGUGAAACAGAGCCAAAUUGGAGGAACGUGGACUCAUAUAAUGACUGUAGAUAUAGACUGGUAUUGAGAUGGAAUGGGAGAAGAUUAGCGUGACCUCUUGCAACUAUAGAGAGAGUCUUCGUGUAUGGCAAAGUGUAGAAUGCCCAGAGCAUAUUUACUCUAAUGCCCUACAGACUGUACCAGGUACAUGCAGCUCUCAAAUAGGAUUCAGGAUACCUCCUGUGCAGGAAUUCGCUCUCCAGUAAGGCUAAACUAUGUAAAUGUUGGCCUCUAGAUUGCGGUGCAUAUUGUGGGCCCAAAUAGCUGCGUGAUCAUUUGUAAGUCAGUAUACGAUCUUUGCGUAUCUAUAAGCGACACAAUGGUCCUCAAGAGGAUAAUACUUUGAGUUCGUGUGUACCAAUACAUGUUCGUUACGUUAGC